CUCGCUUUGGGCCAGCAGCUCGCCCAGCGACCUGUCAAUGGCGGCCACCCAGCAGCUCAACCCGAACGCCGAUGUGCUCAAGUCGGGCCAGGCGUCGCUGAUGAACAUCAACGCGGCCCGCGGCCUGCAGGACGUGCUCAAGAGCAACCUCGGUCCCAAGGGCACGCUCAAGAUGCUUGUCGGCGGCGCGGGCGACAUCAAGCUCACCAAGGACGGGAACACGCUGCUGCACGAGAUGCAGAUCCAGAACCCGACCGCGUGCAUGAUUGCGCGCAUCGCCACCGCGCAGGACGACAUCACCGGCGACGGCACCACCUCCGCCGUCCUCGUCGUCGGCGAGAUGAUGAAGCAGGCAGAGCGCCACCUCUCGGACGGGGUGCACCCGCGACUGCUGUGCGAGGGGAUCGAGCUGGCGAAGACGUCGCUGCUCGAGUACAUCGACCGGACCGCGCUCGCCAAGGACUGCGCCGACCGCGACCUGCUCCUCCAGAUUGCGCAGUGCUCGCUCCGCACUAAGAUGCACCGCGAGCUGGCGGACAUGUUUACCGCCAUCUGCGUGGACGCGGUGCUGACGAUCCGCAAGCCGGACACGCCGCUCGACCUGCACAUGGUCGAGAUCAUGCACAUGCAGCACAAGGCGGGCACCGACUCUCGCCUCGUCAAGGGCCUCGUCCUCGACCAUGGCGGGAGGCACCCCGGCAUGCCAAAGCAGCUCAGCAAGGCGCUU